AUGACCUCCAAGUCGCGUCGCUUCUCCUUCUUCGCCUUUGCGUCCCUCGCCUCAGACGACCCCGAUCCACCUUCCCACGAUACCCAAAUCUUUCCCAAGCUCAAGCGUGGCAUCGGCAGCGCCGCCCGCAGGUUGUCCAUGCCCAUAUCCCCACCGAUGUCGUCCUCGUCUUUGCGCUCAGGCACCACAUCGACAACAGCGUCAAGUCUCCUCAACCGCACGGCUCGCGAUACCCCACCACACACCCUAACCGAGUUCCCGAGUUACGAGGAGUGGGUAGCCCAACAACGUCAAAAGGCCUCCAGCCACCCUCGCAAACAACGCCUGUCUUUGCCCAUAGGGAUGAUGACUGGACCUUCCCUGGGAACGGAGGAAGGCUUCACGGACGCCUUGCCACCGCCUUCCCCGCCCAAGGUUCCCCGUUCUGCUGUCGACAAUGCCUACCCAUCAACCAACCACUCGUCCGAUGUCCCUCUUGGCGCGCUGGGUCGCGUUCAUGUGCCGCGUGAAGGCGAAUGGCUGUCCCAGAUCACGCGUCCGCGUCACCUGUCGGAACACACAUACGACCGCGCCACCGGGAUCUCCGUCGCGUCGUCAGCGAGUGAGGUCGAGGACGAGGACGAGUUGUGUACGCGCACAUCCGUUGUCAACGCACACGAAGCAAUCCAGUAUCACGUCCAGGACCCAACCACCGCCGUUGCCUUCCCCGCUCUUUCAACGGCCGACGACUCAUUCUCGUUGUCCAACAACACUUUUGUAACCCAGACGACCUUGACCUCUUCCCAGAAUGGUACAAGGAGAAAGCGUCGUAACACCGCCGACGACGCCAACCCCAGCACAUCUUCGCGCUCAAACGAGGGCACUAACCGCCGCCGAGGGAUGAGCGAACAAGACUUUCUCACGGUGACAACCGAGGCCGUGGCCGUCGCGUUUGUCCAGGCUCAGCAGGCCAUCGCUGCGUCCGGUGGCCAGUCACGUCCCGGUCAAGGAUCCGGCAAGGUGUCCUCUGCUCCUGCUACCCACCGCUGGUCGAGUCGCGACGAGCAUCAAGGUCAGCGAACCGGCCGCUUCCCGUUUCUGGGUAGCACACAAGCACGUUCGCAAGAGAAGAAGCCUCGGCCUCGGCCUCGCUCCGCCCUCCCUUCCGUCAGCACAUGGGCACAGCUCCACCACCAAACUCUUCAGUCUCACCACACUGUCUCCAUCCCCGCCCAGAUCGUCCUCAAGGGCCUCGGCGACAACGAAGACCGCUCCCAUGACGGCCAAGGUCAAGCCCCAAGACCCUAUUUCAACCUCCGCGGAAGCAGGUUCGAACUGCCACGGCUCCUCGCCCUCGACAGCGAGAUUCUGGACGAAACCAUGUAUUGGCAGUUUGUCCGCAACUCUCGCGUCGUGGAUGUUGUAGGCCAAGUCCCCAACCUGGUCGCCCUCGCCAAGAAGUUUGUAAACGUCGAGACUGUGCGCUUGCACCCCGACCCUGGGUUCAUCUGGAGUCUGCCUGUGCGCGCUCGCAAACUGAUCAUUUUCACAUCGACCUUGCGCAGGCACUGGAGCCAGUUUGACAGCGCGUACGGCAAUGUCAACAGCUACUUCGAGGACAGGUCUGCAGGCUACCUUGCCCGUGUGGGACCUAUUCCCAACGGCUUCGAGCGUCUCGUCCUCAAUGUUCGCUACGACGACAGGGACCUAGACUUUCCAGACGCCGAGCUGGAGCAAUUCGCCACGCCGCCCAGCCUCCGCGAGGUUGUCCUCAUCUUCACCCAAGACCUCUCCCACGCUCCCCCAACCUUUUCCUUCAGGCGCCAGAACACAACUCUACUCGACACCGCCAUCAUCACCGUGAGCAACACAUACACGCGCAUCAACUACACGCUCGUCGGUGUCGAGAAUCUGUGGCCGGCUUGGAUGGGCCGUGCCAAGGCCCCCUCCGAGAUGUCGCGUUACCAGAUCGAGAAGAGUAUCGUCGACGUCGUGCAGCGCAUGCGCCCGGGAAACGUACACGAGCACCCUAUCCAGCACAUGUCGUUCUAUACGCAUGCCGAGUACCGAGCCAAGGUGGGCGAGGAGCAGUAUGCCCUCGAGACCGUCGUCGUCCAUGACGUGUAA